CGGAAGCUCCGUGGGCUCGCCGGCGCGUCGCCCCCGGAGUGUGAGGUCGUGGCUGUUUGCGGCAGGGUUGUGCGUUGUUUUCGCGUCUCGCGGGCCACUCCGAGUUUCCUGGGUCUGCGCUUGGACCCGCAACGCCCGGCCGUCGAGUUAGGGGAGAACGAUCCUGGGCGGAGAGCGAGGCACUCCGCCAGGCGCAGUUCUGCCCUCCUGGGGUCUGCGUAACUCAGGACUCUGCCCGUCCCCAGAAGCAGGAGGAACAAUGAGCACAUUCACGGAGCCGGUGACAUUCAAGGAUGUGGCUGUGACCUUCUCGGAGGAGGAGCUGGGGCUGCUGGACCACGCCCAGAGGCAGCUGUACCGGGACGUGAUGCUGGAGAACUUCCAGAACCUGCUGUCUGUGGGAGGCAAGAUCCAAAGUAAGAUAGAGACUGUCUCAGAAGCAGGACCACAUGAAGAGCUUUCCUGCUGGCAGAUUGGGCAACAAAUUGCAAGUGACUUAACUGAGUGUCAAGACUCCAUGGUAAAGAGUUCUCAGUUCCCCAAACAAGGUUAUUCACCUGGCCAGCUUGGGGCAGGACUAUGUAUGACUCAGACAGGCCAGAAACCUCACCAGUGUAAUGAAUGUGCAGAAACCUUCAGUGAUGUCUCCAACUUUGAUCUUCAUCAACAGAUACACUCAGGAGAGAAGUCUCAUACAUGUAGUGAGUGUGGAAAAAGCUUCUGCUAUAGCUCAGCGCUUCGUAUUCAUCAGAGAGUUCACAUGGGAGAGAAACGCUAUAAGUGUGGUGAGUGUGGCAAGGAAUUCAGUCAGAGCUCACGUCUGCAAACUCAUCAGAAAGUCCACACCAUAGAGAAACCAUUCAAAUGUGAGCAAUGUGGGAAAGGCUUCAGUCGCAGACCAACACUUACUGUUCAUUGCAAAUUACACUCAGGAGAGAAACCUUAUAGUUGUGAGGAGUGUGGGAAGGCCUUCAUUCACGCUUCACAUCUUCAGGAACAUCAGAGAAUCCACACUGGGGAGAAACCAUUCAAAUGCGAUAUAUGUGGUAAGAAUUUCCGUCGCAGAUCAGCACUUAAUAGUCAUUGCAUGGUCCACACAGGAGAAAAACCGUACAAAUGUGAAGACUGUGGGAAGUGUUUCACUUGUAGCUCAAAUCUUCAUAUCCAUCAGAGGGUCCACACAGGAGAAAAACCUUAUAAAUGCGAGGAAUGUGGUAAGUGCUUUAUUCAGCCUUCACAAUUUCAGGCCCAUCGGAGAAUCCACACCGGAGAGAAACCAUAUGUAUGUAAAGUGUGUGAUAAGGGCUUCAUUUACAGUUCAAGUUUUCAAGCCCAUCAGGGAGUCCACACAGGAGAGAAACCGUACAAAUGUGAGGAGUGUGGGAAAAGCUUCAGGAUGAAAAUCCAUUAUCAAGUUCAUCUGGUGGUCCACACAGGAGAGAAGCCCUAUAAAUGUGAGGUAUGUGGGAAGGGCUUCCGUCAGAGUUCGUAUCUUAAAAUCCAUCUGAAGGCCCACAGUGUAGAGAAACCUUAUAAGUGUGAGGAGUGUGGACAGGGCUUCAAUCAGAGUUCCCGACUUCAGAUUCACCAGCUGAUCCACACUGGAGAGAAGCCCUACAAAUGUGAAGAGUGUGGGAAAGGGUUCAGCCGGAGAGCAGAUCUUAAAAUUCAUUGCCGAAUCCACACAGGAGAGAAACCAUAUAAUUGUGAGGAGUGUGGGAAGGUGUUCAGUCAGGCCUCACAUCUUCUGACCCAUCAGAGAGUCCACAGUGGAGAGAAACCAUUCAAGUGUGAAGAGUGUGGGAAGAGCUUCAGUCGGAGUUCCCACCUUCAAGCUCAUCAGAAAGUCCACACUGGAGAAAAGCCGUACAAAUGUGAGGAGUGUGGGAAGGGCUUCAAGUGGAUCUUGAACCUUGACAUGCAUCAGAGGGUGCACACAGGGGAGAAGCCAUAUAAGUGUGGGGAGUGUGGGAAGCACUUCAGCCAGGCCUCAAGUCUUCAGCUGCACCAGAGUGUCCACACUGGGGAGAAACCGUACAAGUGUGACGUGUGUGGGAAAGUCUUCAGUCGGUCUUCACAACUGCAGUAUCAUAGGCGAGUUCACACAGGGGAGAAACCGUACAAGUGUGAAAUGUGUGGUAAGAGCUUCAGUUGGAGAUCAAAUCUCGUAAGUCAUCACAAAACUCAUGCUGAGGAUACAUUUUAUGGAAAGAAGCACUAUAAGUGUGAUGAGUGUGGGAAGGAAUUCACUCAGAGCUCACAUCUGGAAACUCAUCAGAAAGUCCACACUGUAGCGAAACCUUUCACAUGUGAGCAUUGUGGGAAAGGCUUCAGUCGUAGAUCAGCACUUACCGUUCAUUGCAAAGUUCACACAGGAGAGAAACCUUAUAAUUGUGAGGAGUGUGGGAGGGCCUUCACUCAGGCCUCUCAUCUUCAGGACCAUCAGAGAGUCCACACUGGAGAGAAACCAUUCAGAUGUGAUGCAUGUGGUAAGAGCUUCAGUAGGAAUUCACAUCUUCAGUCCCAUCAGAGAGUCCAUACAGGGGAGAAGCCGUACAAAUGUGAGGAGUGUGGGAAGGGAUUUAUUUGUAGCUCAAAUCUAUACAUUCAUCAGAGAGUCCACACAGGAGAAAAACCCUACAAGUGUGAGGAGUGCGGUAAAGGCUUUAGUCGGCCUUCAAGUCUUCAGGCCCAUCAGGGAGUCCACACUGGCGAGAAAUCGUACAUAUGUAAUGUGUGUGGUAAAGGCUUUACUCUGAGUUCAAAUCUUCAGGCCCAUCAGAGAGUCCACACAGGAGAGAAACCAUACAAAUGUGAGGAAUGUGGGAAAAGCUUCAGGAGGAACUCUCAUUAUCAAGUUCAUCUGGUGGUUCACACAGGAGAGAAGCCCUAUAAAUGUGAGGUGUGUGGGAAGGGCUUCAGUCAGAGUUCAUAUCUUCAAAUCCAUCAGAAAGCCCACAGUGUAGAGAAACCUUAUAAAUGUGAGGAGUGUGGGCAGGGCUUCAAUCAGAGUUCAAGACUUCAGAUUCACCAGCUGAUCCACACUGGAGAGAAGCCCUACAAAUGUGAAGAGUGUGGGAAGGGGUUCAGCCGGAGAGCAGAUCUUAAAAUUCAUUGCCGAAUCCACACAGGAGAGAAACCAUAUAAUUGUGAGGAGUGUGGGAAGGUGUUCAGGCAGGCCUCAAAUCUUCUGGCCCAUCAGAGAGUCCACAGUGGAGAGAAACCAUUCAAGUGUGAAGAGUGCGGGAAGAGCUUUGGUCGGAGUUCCCACCUUCAAGCUCAUCAGAAAGUCCACACUGGAGAAAAGCCGUACAAAUGUGAGGAGUGUGGGAAGGGCUUCAAGUGGAUCUUGAACCUUGACAUGCAUCAGAGGGUGCACACAGGGGAGAAGCCAUAUAAGUGUGGGGAGUGUGGGAAGCACUUCAGUCAGGCCUCAAGUCUUCAGCUUCAUCAGAGCGUCCACACUGGGGAGAAACCGUACAAGUGUGACGUGUGUGGGAAAGUCUUCAGUCGGUCUUCACAGCUGCAGUCUCAUCAGAGAGUUCACACAGGAGAGAAACCAUAUAAGUGUGAAAUGUGUGGUAAGAGCUUCAGCUGGAGAUCAAAUCUUACGAUUCAUCACAGAAUCCACGCUGGUGAUAAAUCCUAUAAAAGUGAUAGGUGUGGUAAGAACAUCAGAGAGUCCACACAGGAAAAAAGUUCUAUAAAAUGAAUUUUUAAAAAA